AUGAAUGACGAUCAAAAUUCAUUUCUUUCAUCUUCACAACCAGUUGAAAUUAUUGAAGGUAAUAUAACAUCAACUUCAAAUCAAAAUAAUCAAAAUGAAUUUUCAACACUUGAUGAACCGAUUUUCGAAACUAUAAAACGUGAUCUUUAUGCUGUUCUUCGAAAAUUUGGUCACGCACUUAUUCCACGUAAAUCAUUAACACUUUUACAACAGUGGGAUUUAUGGGGACCACUUAUUUUAGUUACAACAUUAGCUAUUCUUCUUCAAAGUAAUUCAACAAAAACAAGUAGUGGUAUACAGUUUGCUGAAGUAUUUACAUUAAUGUUAAUUGGAUCAAUUAUUGUUACGAUUAAUUCACAAUUACUUGGUGGUAAAAUAUCUUUUUUUCAAUCAGUUUGUGUACUUGGUUAUUGUUUAUUACCAUUAUUAAUAUCUGCAUUUAUAAGUUAUUUUCUUUUCUAUCUUCCAUUUAAAGCAAUAUUACAUAUAAUAAGAUUUUUAAUAGUAAUGAGUGCAUUUAUAUGGACAAUGUAUGCAAGUAUUCGUUUUCUUGGUCAAACUCAACAAUUAAAUCGUCGUAUGCUUGUACUUUAUCCAAUAUUUUUAUUUUAUUUUCUUGUUUCUUGGCUAAUUAUACUUCGUACACAUUCGAAAUAA